CUUUCUUUUUUCGAGAUGAUGACUGAAUGUUAUCGGAUCGCGGCUGCUAAAUGCGAAGGAGGUGAAAAGCCAUCACGUUUCUCGAUUCCCUUGUCUCCCUCUCUCUCCCUCUCUCCACCCCUUCUCCUCUCCGCCCGAGGUCAAAGGGAGGCUUCGCGCGUGAAUCAGGCAUAACGGGGUGCUUCAUCUGAGUUCGGAGCUCUCUCCUAUCCUACCAUGGACUCCAGCAACGGCGCACCGGCAAAUGGUCCACCUCCUAAGCCAUGGGAAAGAGCCGGGGGUUCGUCAGGUCCUGCGCCAUUUAAGCCGCCAUCAUCUGGAAGCACUAGUGAUAUAGUGGAAGCUUCCGGAACAGCAAGACCCGGUGAAAUUGUUUCAACUACUGAUAGAACUGUUCCUGUCAAUGCAAAUUCUAUUGCCAGGCCGGUUCCCACCAGGCCAUGGGAGCAACAAUCCUAUGGCAACAGUUAUGGAGGAUAUGGUUCUGGCCUGAAUUAUAACUCAGGGUAUAAUUCAGGGAUGUAUGGCUCUUCAUUGGGAGGAUACGGAGGAUCUUAUGGGGGUGGGUUAUAUGGAAAUGGAAUGUACCGAGGAGGUACUAGCUUGGGCGGUGGUUACGGUGGGAUGUAUGGUGGUUCUAGCUUGGGUGGUGGUUACGGUGGGGGCAUGUACAAUAGUGGAUUAGGGGGUCCAAUGGGUGGUUAUGGAGGUGGUUAUGGUGUUGGCAUGGGUCCCUAUGGCGAUCAAGAUCCGAACAACCCUUAUGGUGCUCCCCCUUCUCCACCAGGAUUUUGGAUUUCCUUUCUCCAAGUGAUGCAAGGAGUUGUUACAUUUUUUGGCCGCAUUUCAAUUCUGAUAGACCAGAAUACCCAGGCAUUCCACAUGUUUAUGUCUGCACUUCUUCAGCUUUUUGACCGAUCAGGAUUAUUGUAUGGCGAGUUAGCUAGAUUUGUGUUAAGAAUCCUGGGAAUCAAAACAAAGCCUAAAAAGGUUCCUCCACCUGGACACAACGGUAUGCCUGGGCUCCCCGGUGCUUUCCCUCAAAAUGCUAUUGAGGGACCGAAAGCAGCUCAAAGUGGCGCAUGGGAUAACGUAUGGGGGGACAAACCCAGCAGCUAAAGACAUUACCGCAAGAGAUUGGAUGCUCAAGACUACUGAGGGUAAUGACACAGACCCGCUCAAUAAUUGGGGCCAAAAGGCAUGGUCACGCUGGCUCAGUCUCUCAGUUUUGGUUUGCCGAAGGGCUAUUCUUCCUGUGAAGGCUGUAUGGUCGAGAACCUAUCCUCCAUGAGAUGCUUGUGAUGUUGAAUUGCACUGUAGGUUACUCAGUUACUGUAUAUCUAAGUAAAGAAUAUUCGUGGCAUGUAUAUUUGGAAUGAGUAUGCAAUGAGAUUUGUUAGGACUCGGGAGGUUCAGUGUUGCCACUUUUCGCAUUGUGUGCUCGAUAAAUUUGCCGUGCAAACUCACACGACCUUGUUAUAGUG